AUGAACCCACGGCGUCGUCGCUCUCGCCUCAACAGAAACCCGGCUAGAGGCAUGAAAAAUAGGCAAAUCGGCUUGGGCAAAAAGGCACACGAAUAUAGUGUCGCCUAUGGCUCAGACGUGGUCAUCAUUAUUCAAGGGCAAAAUGGCCAUUACUCUGGCUAUCAGUCACAGCCUGGUCUUCUACGAAGGUUGCGUUCUGUCUCUGUUUCAGAUGAUCAACUUCUCGGACCAGAUUAUUUCAGCAAAGAAACACAUCGAAAAACAUCCUGGUCAGAAGGCUCUACAACAUUCUCAACUUUAGAACGGCUUGACUCAUCUUCAAGUUCAAAAUUGAGCACAGUCUCUGAGACAAUGGACGUUGCUAGUGAAUGGGGAGAAUCUCCUUCAGAUGACGUGCUAUCUACGUGUUCUCCUUUAGGCGAUACACUAUUUCAAGACAUCGACUUCACGCUAUGCAACGAAGAUGUUGAAAACAAUAUGGUCACUCCAAAAUUCGAGACGAUGUCCACAUCUACCAGCUCAAAGAAGAAAGAAGGGCAAACACCAAACUUCCAUCUUGCUCAGCCCAAACCCAUUUCACUAAGCACAAGAAAUACCAUUCUAUCUCUCAUAGAUAGCUUUUUCGAUUGA